AUGGUUUCAGAGUGCAAGGAGAACGGAGACGUCGACACGUCUCAUCAGGAUGCCGCCAAUGUUGAGGAUGUCUCCGUGGAGCUGUCCACAGUGGAUCACACGCUGCAGAAGCUGCGCAGGAUGUACAGGAAGACCAGGAGAAAGCCUAAAGGGCUGGCCAGGCUUUGGGCCUACCUACUGAGCAUCCAGCACCUGGCUGUCAUCAUCACGGCUGUGGUCUUUGUGCUGGUGGUGAUUCUGUGGUCACUGCUUUGGGUUUUUAUAUUUCGGCGCGAAGGCAACAGUGGUGUUUACUUUGCUGGUAUGUUCCGCGUUGCCAACGUGGAAUUCAUCCCAGAGUAUCGUCAGGCUGAGUCCCACGAGUUUGUCUCCAUGGCAAGCAAGAUAAACCAUGUGGUGAGCGGCGUGUACAAGAUGUCCUCAGUGGCUCGCCUGUACAAGCAUGCUAUCAUUUCAGACCUCAGUACCAACAAUUUGGGAGGCGUACUGGUGCACUUCUGGAUGGUUUUCGAGGUCCCUCGCCUGAAGAGCGCCGCAGUUUGCGAGGAAUGUGUGGCUGUCAUCCUGAGGGACUCUGUCCAUACCAGCAUGAAGAACCGCUCGUCAGUGGGCUACCUGCUAGGCCUGCCUGUGGACAUUGACUCUAUCCUUGUCAAUGCUGUCCAACGCUCAGACUACUCAUCCAAUGCAGCAGGUUCUGAAUGUAUCGACAAACUUUACGCCAGCCUUCCCGAGUCAAAAGUGCCUUUAAACGUCUUCUCAUCGUGGGGAGGUGUUCGAUGCCAUGUAAAGCUCACCGCUCUGGCCGGUUUUCUCAUACGGCUUACCGUCGCCUCCUUCCAAAUUGAGCCUAGCGACUGCGUUCACGACGCUCUUACCGUUUACGACGCUCUUCUGCCCAUGAGGGGCCGAAUUCUGCACAGAAUGUGUGCACCGAUUUCCAGCACUAUCUCGCUCGUGUCUACCUCCAAUGUCAUGUUGCUGUCGUUUACAAUGACCAGUGGACCAAAGAAUUUCAGAGGACACUUUGAGGCCAUCACAGAAGAGCCCUGCAUGUCUCACAUCACGUCUCAAUCACACGUGACCGGCGAGAUCUACAGCCCCUUCCACCCCAGCUUAAUGCCCCCUCACUGCUCUUGCACGUGGAUCUUUCAGACUUCUGACCACACUUUGGGAGUUGCUCUGCAGCUCCACAACUAUGUUCUGAAACAAAAAGACAUGAAGGCCUGUGAGCAUGGAUGGUGGAAGGUCAACGAAGUUAUCUUCUGUGGUAUCUACGUGGGAUACGAAAGCGUGUUCCGGAUAGCGAGCCGCAACGCCGAAGUAGAGUUUCGCUGCAGCUCACGAAGUGCCGCGCAACCUUUCCAGGUGUCGUACAGCAGCUACAACAUCACCCAACCAUGUCCGGAAAGUCACUUCCUGUGCACCACAGGACUCUGCGUGGAAAAAAGUCGACGUUGUGACGGGCUGGACGACUGCCAAGAUGAGAGCGACGAGGUUUUUUGCUCACAGCCCAGCAAAAACUGCGGCGGUGGAACUCCUCUGCAUCCCCUAUUUGUCUGCAAUGGCGAGACGGACUGCGCCAAUGGAUUGGAUGAAACCAACUGCACGCAGGAAACAAGCUGCUCAGCUGUUAGCUAUCAGUGCGGUGGUGGUUCGUGCAUCCGAAAAAAGAACGCAAGGUGCGACGACAUCACCGACUGUCAGGACGCUAGCGAUGAAAACGACUGUGCUUGUGGACUCCCCGUGCCCCCCGAGGUCCCCCGAAUCGUGGGCGGUAGCGACUCCGAGGAGGGCGAGUGGCCUUGGCAGGUUAGCCUGCACUUCUCAGGUCACCUGAUCUGCGGCGCGUCUGUGCUCUCCUCCUAUUGGCUCAUUUCUGCGGCACACUGCUUCAGCAAAGACAGGCUGUCAGACCCGCGGCGCUGGCGGGCCCACCUGGGCGCUUUGACGCAGGGCGGCCCCGGGCAUGUGGCAGAAAUCCAGCAUAUCGUGGUACACGAGUACUACGAUGCCCGCACGCUGGACUACGAUGUGGCACUGCUGAGGCUCAAGAGGGCGUGGCCCGCCUCAACGGACCCACCGGUUCGACCCGUGUGCUUGCCCGCCCCAUCGCAGGCUGUCACCACCCAGCACCGUUGCUGGGUGACCGGAUGGGGACAUCGCUCCGAAGAGGACAAGUCAUUGCCAUCAGUGCUGCAGAAAGCGCAAGUGUCCAUCAUGAGCCAGACUGAGUGCAAAAAGACUUACGGCCCCGUGUCGCCCCGCAUGCUGUGUGCGGGGGUCCCGUCAGGAGAGCGGGACGCUUGCAGGGGGGAUUCAGGUGGGCCCCUGUCGUGCCAGGCGCCAGGUGGGCGCCGCUGGUUUCUGAUCGGCAUCGUCAGUUGGGGAGCCGGCUGUGGCAGACCCGGCCUGCCUGGCGUCUAUGCCAGGGUCAGCAAGUUCACAUCGUGGAUCUACGGAUAUAUCAGAUGA